AUGGGGCAGACAUCAUCGUAUAUGGGUGCAGCCGCAUAUCCCGAACCGCCUUCCUUCAACGAACUGGUCGCGAUGCUGCCAGAUGCCCUGCAUCGUGAGAUGCACGUUGAGUGGUGUGAAGACAUGGAGGACUCGGACUAUAUCCUCACGGAAGUGUGUGUGGGCCUCAGACGCCACCGCAAUAGGUUCGCCCCCAUCGACAGGCUCCCGCCCGAAAUAUUCAGCUACAUCUUCGAAUACGUGGUCCAGCCGGAUAGCGACCGCACCGUCAAAAGCCAGAAGGCGGCGACCGAGCGCAUUCCAGAAAUGUGGGCGUUACUGGCUCUCUCCCAAGUGGGCAGCCGGUGGCGCGCCAUUGCGCUGCAAACUCCGACUCUUUGGACGCACGUCGACAAUCGCCACGAGGCGACGCUAGAAGCGUACUUGACUCGCUCUGGCACGAUGCCACUGCGGCUGCACAUGUUCCCUGGAAUGCCUAACGAGCGCGUAGACCGCUUACUACAGCAACACGGCCAUCGUGUUCGGCGAUUUGAUUGCGUAGAAGGCCCACCCUGGGGACAUUGUAGCCCGGAUUUCCCGCACUCCCUCGAAUGCCUCACCGUUGCCGCAGACUGUGAUUAUCUAGGAGACGAUGAGCAUGAAGGGGUUACACACCUGUGCGUCGUCUCUCACUUGAAGGCCCUCGCGCUCCAGCCAUUCUGCUCUACGAUCUUCGGUACCUCAUUCCCCUCCCUGACGCAUCUCUACCUCUCGCCUUUCCACGAGCGGGCUUCGAGCGAGGGAGCGAUGCAAGACCUGAUGGAUCUCCUCUCCAACACUCCAGUUCUGCAGUACCUACACCUCUCGAGGCUCCAGAUGAGAUCCUUUUUUGCCUCCGUCUCUCCACCAGUCACCCUUCGGUCGCUCCGCGCACUCACAUGCCUCGACAGCGAUGUAGGCGCCGCACUGCGCUUCCUUGAGUCGCUUGAGCUCCCAGAAGACGCCUUGGUGCGCCUGGACGGUCUGCAACGCGUUGAGGAUGACCUAAUCGAUGAUCUUCGUACCUGUCCUAUCCCUUCGCAGGGCCUCGUCGAAAGCUUUGAUCACCUGGAGGUGGUGACAGACGAGAAUCACCUGCAGGUAGUGGCUCAAGGUACGCGGUCCGGGUUGUGGAUACGGGCGAAGAGCUUUGUGGUAGCCUAUAACGUCCAUCCCCCGAACUCGGAAGACCACUGGACGACGUGGGUGACGACUCUCGGUGCCAUGUUGUCGCUCGCCUCCAUCAGGACACUUCACAUCUGCGUCCUAGACCCGGCUCUCCUUCCCAAGCUGCUACCCCUCUUACUGAACCUGGUCGAGCUGGCGGUACGCAUCAAUCCGGGCUCACAAAUGCACAGCGAGAGCACCUGCCAGUGUCUCCUAGAACGUCUCUAUGCCACCCUGGCUGCAGAAGAGUCUGCCUGUUGCCCGGUGCUCCAGGUCCUAUCGGUCAAGAUUCUGAGCGACAAUCCCGGCCACUUCCGUCUUUCCGGUACACCAGGGAAGCUCGGACCUGACACCGCGUUGAAAAUGGCGAGGAGUCGCUCACGCAUGGGCGCGCCGCUUCAUCGCCUCGCAUUGCAGCUUCACUGUGAAUCGCCCACUGAUCGCAUGGAGACGCUGGAGGACUUCGAGAGCGCACUCGCCCCAUACCGGGAACACGUCGCUGCAGUCGAAGUGGUGGACGGAAAGGAGUCGAAGUUAUGUCUAUUCGAGAUGCGGGAUAUGUGGAACGCUGAUGGAGCGGAGGAAUACUGGGGACUGGCGCCUGAAGAUCAGCCGCAGUACCGUCUCCCAUGGAAUCCGGGACUUGAAGACUCAUUCAAGCUGAGGUGGGUUUAUUAG